AUGGAGUACACGCCGCCCCCCAAGCCGCAGCUCUCCUCCCGGGCCAACGCCUUCUCCAUCGCCGCCCUGAUGUCGAGCGGCAGCUCCAAGGACAAGGAGUCCCCCGAGAGCACCAUCAAGCCGCUGGAACAAUUCGUUGAGAAAUCCUCUUGCGCCCAGCCUUUGAGUGACUUAUCCAGCCUGGACCCUCACGGGGAUUUUAGCACCAGCCCUUCAUCCCUGUGCACCGAGCCCCUCAUCCCCACCAGCCCCAUCAUCCCCAGCGAGGAGAUGGCCAAAAUUUCCUGCAGCCUGGAGACCAAAGAGCUCUGGGACAAGUUUCACGAACUGGGAACUGAGAUGAUCAUCACCAAAUCCGGGAGGAGAAUGUUUCCUACGAUCAGGGUUUCCUUCUCUGGAGUGGAUCCUGAAGCCAAGUACAUUGUGUUAAUGGAUAUAGUUCCUGUGGACAAUAAAAGAUACAGAUAUGCCUACCACAGGUCUUCCUGGUUAGUGGCUGGAAAAGCUGACCCUCCACUCCCUGCAAGGUUGUAUGUGCACCCUGACUCCCCAUUCACGGGAGAGCAACUGCUGAAGCAGAUGGUGUCCUUCGAAAAAGUCAAACUCACCAACAACGAGCUGGAUCAGCAUGGCCACAUCAUUUUGAACUCCAUGCACAAGUACCAGCCAAGGGUCCACAUUAUUAAGAAGAAGGAUCACACAGCUUCUUUGCUAAAUCUGAAAUCGGAAGAGUUCAGGACAUUUAUCUUUCCAGAAACAGUUUUUACCGCUGUUACCGCCUACCAGAAUCAACUGAUAACCAAGUUGAAAAUUGACAGCAACCCUUUUGCUAAAGGAUUCCGGGACUCUUCCAGACUCACUGAUAUCGAGAGAGAAAGUGUGGAGAGCCUUAUCCAAAAGCAUUCCUAUGCCCGAUCCCCCAUUCGAACCUAUGGAGGAGAAGAUGAUCUUGGAGAUGAUAGCCAGGCAACACAAAACAGAGGGUCAGCCUUUACAACAUCUGAUAACCUGUCUCUCAGUUCCUGGGUAUCUUCCUCAACCAGUUUUCCUGGAUUUCAGCACCCACAGUCUUUGAGUGCCCUGGGUACCAGCACUGCGUCCAUAGCUACACCCAUUCCUCAUCCAAUCCAAGGAUCUCUGCCCCCAUACAGCCGCCUGGGAAUGUCUCUUACACCCUCUGCUAUAGCCAGUUCCAUGCAAGGUAGUGGCCCCACUUUCCCUUCCUUCCACAUGCCUAGGUACCACCAUUAUUUUCAGCAGGGUCCUUAUGCAGCUAUCCAGGGACUGCGUCACUCCUCUGCAGUGAUGACACCAUUUGUAUGA